AUGGAGCUCGUGACCUUUGCGACGAGAGUCUGCAAAGUGCUCGGUGUCGAGACCAUGAUCGUGACCAACGCUGCUGGUGGUCUGAACCCAGACUACAAGGUGGGAGACAUUGUCUGCCUCAACGAUCAUCUAAACAUGGCUGGUCUGGUUGGUUUCCACCCUCUUCGUGGACCCAACGCUGAUGACUUCGGCGUACGCUUCCCUCCUCUGUCCGAUGCAUAUGAUCUCGGGUUGCGUCAGAAGGCCCACCAAACAUGGCANAAAGUGCGCCCUGCCGACGGCAAGCGCAAGUUGCAUGAAGGUGUAUAUGCUUUUGUUGCCGGUCCAACAUACGAGACAAGAGCAGAGUGUCGUAUGCUGCACCAACUAGGUGCAGAUGUGGUCGGUAUGUCGACCGUGCCUGAGAUUAUUGUUGCCAGACACAGUGGCAUCAGGAUCCUUGCGUUUAGCCUGGUAACUAACAAUGCUGUGCUGCAACCUGUACCUCGUGGCGAUGAUGCGGCUCUCAGCUCCAUGUCACCACAAGAGCUUGUGGAUCACUUGGGCAAGGGUAAAGCAAACCAUGAGGAAGUUAUUGAGGCUGGAAGGGAAGCCGCAAAGGACAUGCAGACACUGGUAUACAGCAUUGUGUCGGAUCUGUAA